CGGAAAACCCGCCCCCGAAACGCCGGUUGGCUGCCCGCCGAAAGGGCACAGUGUAACGAGACCGGGGGCGGCCAAUGGGCGCCGACGCCCGGAGACGGCGCCGGCUCGUCUGGCGGUGCGACGUCGGGACGCAAACGUUACCCGAACCUGACAUCGGUUGCAGGCUUCCCGAUAUCAUGCUUUUGUUCACCGAAAAUUCAGUGUUUAACUUUGAUUGCAGAUCCGAAACAGUCCGAUUUCGUGCCGUCACGAGAAGUGAUAAAAGUGCUAUCUCGCGAGCUCCAGUGUAACGCGACGCCGACGCCUACCGACGCGGACAAAUCCGUGUGA